GAACUUUACAACGAAACAGCACCUAGGAAUAUUUACGCUUCGAAUAUUCUAUUCUCAUUUUUGAUUGUGUGUCAACGCUUACUUUUUUAAUCAUGAAGAUUGUCUCCGGAUUUCUAUCAAUUGUGCUGAUAUUAUCAGUCAUUGUGUCAAUAUUGUGUGAGAAGGCACCAAGUGGUUGCGGUCAAACAUCAUGUCCACAUUAUACACGACCUGUGUGUGCUACAAAUGGUAAAACGAGACGUACAUUUAUAAAUCAAUGUGCAGUGAGGGUAUUUAAUGAAUGUUCACAUGAAGAAAGUGAGUGACAUGUUUGUAAAUUUGUUUGUAUUGCACUAAAUGUGACAAAUUAUGUCAAAAUUUUUUUCAGAGUUUAAUAUUCUGAGAAAGGGACAUUGCUGAGAGAUGCAGAUGUAAUUUAUUUGCUGAAUGAUGUAGGGUAGAUGUUAGGCUUAUGUUACUUAACAUUUGACUGCUUUUCUUCUAGUUACGAUUGCUUAGAACAUCGUUAUGAUAUUAUUAUAUAUUAUGAAGCAUCGAUGAGGUCACGACACAUUCAUGUUGCAUAAUUCAAUAUAAAUUCAUCAACUAUCAUCAUCUGCUGUAUUUCUAAAUAUAGUUAUGUAUCUCGUAAAGGAAUAAUAUGCUAUGCGAUUAAUAAUAUUCGAAGGAAUUUACAGUGAGAGUAAAGUAAAGUUAAGUGAAAUCUUUAAUUUGCUUUGAUAGUGAAACUUGUGAUGAAAAAUAUACGCAGCAUCAAAUAAUUCUCAAAACUCUGCUUUAAAAACGGAACAAAAGACAAUUUAAUAGAUUUUAUAGUUUCUAUAGUUUAUUGAGUCUAGAAAUGAAACUUUUUCAUCGUUCAUUCAAGGUUUGAUAGAAGAAAUUUAACUUUCCUAAUCCUUCACUGUUCAUUGAAUUAAUCAGCAUUGCUUUAAGUUUUAAGAAUUCUGUGAA